AUGAGUGUUAAGGUACCUGCGACGAGAACUCGAGUAGGUAAGUACGAGUUAGGCAAGACCAUAGGUGAAGGUAGCUUUGCGAAGGUCAAGAUCGCUAAAAAUGUUCAAACCGGUGAUGUUGUUGCCAUUAAAAUUCUUGAUCGUGAUCAAGUCCUCCGUCACAAGAUGGUCGAACAGUUGAAAAGAGAAAUAUCAACAAUGAAGCUGAUUAAACAUCCAAAUGUCAUCAAAAUUUUUGAGGUUAUGGCAAGCAGAACUAAGAUUUACAUUGUCAUUGAGUUUGUUGACGGAGGAGAGCUCUUUGACAGAAUUGCUAAGCAUGGGAGACUUAGAGAGGACGAAGCCAGGAAAUUCUUCCAGCAGCUUAUUAAUGCCGUGGAUUACUGCCACAGUAGAGGCGUUUUCCAUAGAGAUUUGAAGCCUGAGAAUCUUCUUCUUGAUUCUCAAGGUGUUCUUAAAGUUUCGGAUUUUGGAUUGAGUGCACUGUCACAACAAUUGCGGGGUGAUGGACUGCUUCACACUGCCUGUGGAACACCAAAUUAUGUCGCACCUGAGGUUCUCAAAGAAAAAGGUUAUGAUGGCACAGCAUCUGAUGUAUGGUCUUGUGGGGUCAUUCUCUUUGUACUUAUGGCUGGAUACUUACCUUUUGAUGAGCCAAGUCUUAUGGCUUUAUACAGAAAAAUCUGCAGUGCUGAUUUCACAUUUCCAUCAUGGUUUUCAUCUGGUGCAAAGAAACUGAUAAAGCGUAUUCUUGACCCAAAACCUCUUACAAGGAUAACAGUUGGUGAGAUUUUAGAAGAUGAAUGGUUCAAGAAAGGAUACAAGCCACCGAAAUUUGAGCAGGAAGAGGAUGUAAAUGUAGAUGAUGUUGAUGCUGUUUUUAAUGACUCGAAGGAACAUCUGGUGACAGAAAGGAAGGAGAAACCUGUGUCAAUGAAUGCUUUUGAGCUUAUUUCUAAAACACAAGGAUUUAGCCUUGAAAAUUUGUUCGGGAAGCAUGUAGGUGUGGUGAAACGAGAAACCCGUAUUGCUUCUCAUAGCCCAGCAAAUGAAAUUAUGUCUAGAAUUGAGGAAGCUGCUAAACCUCUGGGCUUUAAUGUCGACAAACGAAACUACAAGAUGAAGCUGAAAGGUGACAAAAGUGGGAGGAAGGGCCAACUCUCUGUAGCUACUGAGGUUUUUGAAGUAGCUCCCUCUUUGCACAUGGUGGAGCUCCGGAAAACUGGUGGUGAUACGCUGGAGUUUCACAAGUUCUACAAGAGUUUUUCAUCAGGUUUAAAGGAUGUAGUCUGGAAAUCUGAUCAAACUAUAGAAGGAUUAAGGUCAUAG